UUUGCCUGUGACCGGUGACAUCCACGAAAGACAUUAUCCACGUUCAGGAUGCCUACCUUUGACUCCAGACCGCUCAACCAACCUCGCUGGCACAACACGCUCAAGAAAUACCCUGGGCUUUUCGGCAUUCCGUUCCUCAUCAUCAUGGUCGGCGCAUCAUUCGGCAUGCAGUCCUUCACCCAGAUACGGUACGACAUUCAUGAUAAGAAGAACAAGACGGCGGUAGACGAGCACGCCCUGGGUUUGGAUAAGAGGAAGAAGAAGUUCGAUAUUCGGGAGGAGUAUUACAAACUGAGCGCACAAGAAGACCAGGACUGGGAACCCAAACGCAUCGCUCGACCCGCGGGCUUGCCAGAAUGGGGCGUACCACCCACUGAGCCACCCAGCGCGAAGUGAGAACAUCGGCCUCGUUGCUAUGCAUGAAUGUGGGAUUGGAAGCGAAGACCCCUCGAGUGAACCGACACGACACUAUGUUCUCGUCGACCUAUCCGGUCAUCUUCGGUGCUCGGCGAGCCAAUCCCUGCCCACAACCUGGUCGCUUCGCACCCCUCCUGUUCAGGUCAACCUCAGUCACGCCCUCCUGCAAUCCGACUCCAGCUGGCGGGAACUUUAUGUAGAACAGUUGACUUAUGUCACCGCUCCAAUGCCAUUAAUUGUACGUAGAACUGUAGGUAUAUAUUGCGAAAGCUAAAGGCGGUUCGCGGUUGCCGCGACGAUGUUAUGGAU